AUGACUGGUAGUCCAUAUAAGAGACUUGCCUGGAGUGACUCUGAUGCCUUUGAUUCAAAGCACGGACAAGAUUUCAAAGACUCCAGUGAGGCCCAGAAGAAGAAAUCAAACAAGAAUGAAAGGAGUUUCUCAGUCAGUCAGUGGGACACAGAUGUACAGCUCCUUGUUUCAUCUUCUAAAUGGCUUCAACUUCAUGGACUCAAAAGAAACAAAUUGUCCCUAUCCCAGAUUUUGUCACAGAUUGGAUUCCAGCACUGGAAAGGUUAUGUGACCUCCUUGGGGAAACUUGUGGAUUCUCAGUAUGUAGAUGGUCUGUUUCCUCAAUACAAGGGAGCACAAGGUGGCGCCGUGUAUAAUCUGACAACCAAAAAAGAACUGAUUCUUCAUUUUGUGGAUUGUCUAAUGGGAGCUAUUGAGCUAUAUAUGCAGCGAAGAACCAGUGAGAGAUGGCAGAUAUUUGGAGUGAUUCAAGAACAGUGCAUUGUCAUUGUUUUGGAUUUUGGCACAGCAGGUCCAGCUGAAUUUGAUGUAUGUUGGGAUGCAAUUUGUGUGCUACUUAUAGAAUAGGUGACCCAAAUUGGCAAAUUCAACCUCAUUCAAGCUGCUCAGGGUCUUACGAAGUGGGAACAGAAAUCUCCUCCUGUGUCUGAGCAUACUGUAAAGUCUGCUAUUACGUGGCUCGGGAAGCUGGACUGUAUGACAGCUGCCAGCCAUACCACCUCUGUUGAAGCCCUGCUGGAAGCCAUGAGUGAUGAAGUGGUUGAAGCUGUUUAUUAUUUUGCUGUGGGUGAUGUUCCCAUGGACACAAAGCAGCUACUCCUUGCAAAGGUUUCUGAUGCCCCCUGUCCAGUCAACGCUGUAUCUUUCAAUGCUACAGAAGAUGAAACUAUUAUUUUUCUGAAAGAGCUGAGCCACUUGGCCUGUGGCAGAUUCCAUGCUUUUGCUGAGAAGAAUAACUAUAGAGAUGCUACUAGACCUGCGCUAAAAUGUGAAGAGGAUGGAAAAGGGAAGUUUAUCAAAGAACAAAGUGAUCAGAUACUACCAUUGGCCCAUGUUAGCAAUGACAAGAAGCAGAUCACACUAAUUCAUGCAGUGAAUCUGGAUGCCUAUAAAGAGAAGCUGGAACAAGCCAUUAAAUCCUAUGAAAGGUGCCUAAACCUAAUUAUUUGGAAAGCACUAUCUCAGGAGGAAAGAAACAAAUUUAAAGAGCCAGUCCAAUAUAUGCAGCAUAAAGAAACCUUACUGGAAGCUUUAGAGAAUUCAGGAUGGCAAAUUUUCUGUGAAGAUGUCACAUUGUUAGAUGAUGAGAUAUUGGCAGCAUUAACAUAUAUGCAACAAGCCUCUGAUCUUCAGGAAGCAGUCAAAAAGGAAAAUGAGAACAACUCAAAAUCACACAUAUGCAGCCAUAAAAAGACACUUGAAGAAGGAACUGUGAAAUCAAAGUCUAAGAACAGCCAAAAAGGUCAAGUAUUUAUGACUUACAAAAGCCAAAAGGUGAUUGCAAGAUCAGAUGUCACAGGAUUUUAUUAUCCAGGAACUGUGAUCAAGAAUAUCAAUUCUACCUAUGUACUUGUUGCCUUCAGCAAUGGGGAGACCUGGACUGUACCUGUGAAGUUCACUAUACCUGUGCGAGAUGCUAUGCCAUGCCCGUUGUUGCAGGUUGGAGACUAUGUAUUUGCCAGAACUGGAACAGUAACAGGAAAUGAAUGUUAUGUGCCUGCCAUUGUUAUAGCAACACCAAACAGAGAGGAAAAGGAUGACAAACUCUACACAGUUCUCAUGUUCAACGGCAGACAAGAACACUGUGUAAGAAAUGAGAUUAUUAAAAUCGGCCAAAUGAAGUAUGACUUUUCCUGUCGCUACAUAAGAAUGGUGCAGAUGAUAGAUUAUAUGAUCCCCAGAAUUGCCGUCUCCGGGCCGACCCCACAGCUUUGCCUGCUGCCGUGUCCUCCGAGCCUGCCUGCCGGCAACCGUCGCCCCGCCCUGUCGUGUGAGCCGACUCCUGAGGGCCGACCCUACGGGCCGACCCCGACCAGGACCAACCCCCUGUUUACCCUGUCCCAUGAGACUUUCCUUAGCAAUUGCCUGAAAAGGCCAAAGUUGGCCCUGCUGAAAUCCACUGUUGUGAUAUUACUUGGUUACUUGGUUCCUACUGCUGAACUCUACCAUCCUGUGGUCGCUGCAGCCAAGGCUGCCCUCAACCUUCACCGCUUCAACCAGACCCCCCUUGUUGAUGAGGAUCAGGUCCAGUAA